CCCAACCCCAGCACCCGCCACCCGGGCGCUAUGAUCGAUGCAUACGAUGUGCUCGGCAUUCAGCUGGAUUGCAAAGAAGAAGAUGUCAAAAAAGCGUAUCACAAGAUGUCGCUACAAUACCAUCCUGACAAGGUUGGCGGCGGACCAGACGCCACCAAAAAGUUCAAUGAAAUUAAAAGCGCCAGAGAGACGCUGCAAGAUGCCGAGCGGAGAAAAAUCUACGACACCUUCGGCACCGAUUUAGGAGAGGAAAGGCCGGAAUUGGAGGUUUGGACCAUUGGCAUCAACACCUUGCUCAGUCCGCUGGGAGGCUUUGCUAUGAAAACAGUAAUGGCUCGCUUGGUGCUGUGGCUGGUGGGCUGGGUCUGGAUUGGCCGACUUUUCAUUCUCCUGGGCUUUGUCGGUGCUGGGUUGUACUACAUGGAUGUUAAGAUCAAGGACACUAGUGCUCGAUCAGAAGAGGCAAUGUCUCUGUUUGUGAAUCUCUUGGUGAUUGAUGUGGUGAUCGUUUUGAAUUGGCUUUCGAGUUUGCUCUCGGACACUGUGUGUGUCUUCUAUUUGGUGUCUGAGAUUGUGAGUGCCCAGUACUUCUUCGAAAGUUGGAAGAUCGCAGCAGUGGCCCUGCUGCUGUCCAUUUUCUUGGCGUGGCUGACGCAAGGUUGGUGGUUCUGGAUCAUUGGUCUAGAGGUCGCCCUGGCGGUGGUCCUGCUGAUUGCCCUUACAAUUUCUUCCGGCAUCGUGCGGCUGUGGAUAGAUUCAGUCUUCACGCAGCAUGGAGAGAAAUUGAAAGAAUGGAGGAUGAGUAUGCGAGAGAGAAGAAAGGAGAUGGAGGAGGAGCUGGCUUCUCUUAAGAAGAAAAAUCAGCAACUUCAGGAGGAGAAUGAGCAGCUGAAAAAAAGAAAAGGUUGAGAUGAAAUGGAUCGAUUGGAUCGAGAGUCGACCC